AUGACCAAUGAAGGUCUAUCUCGCGAGUUGAAGAAGCUACGCUCUUUUUGCACGAAACAUCGACCAGCGUUUACUGAGUAUGGACUCAGAGCUCUUCAACUUUCCAAAGAUCCAACUCGUUGUACUCGCGAUUUCCUUCUCAUAUCGGUGUUUCCUGUUCCAGAUGAAACACGGUCGGAGAAAGCAUUCAAGGCAACUGGGGCUGAGAUCAUGCCAUUUGAUACAUUUGGCGAAGAGCAUGGAGACGAGCUUCGGAGUCAGUUGAAGACGUAUGAGCAAGAAAACAUCUGUCCUGUGGGGUUCAACAGUGACAUCUAUCAAAUGGAAAUUGGCCAGCCGUGGAGGGAACCCCUACUGGAGAAGCUGAACAGUGGAAUUGUCCAAUAA